AUGGAUGGAUCUACUCUUAUCGCUGAGAAAGGAAGACGCGUAGUUGUGGUAUGUCAGCAUGUAAUUCAUGCGCGACCAACAGUCAGGUGAAAACACCAAGACACAUAGGUUUGGCAGUCACCAUACAUCAUUUAACUGGGUCUAAGGAAGUCGUGACUUUGUUAAACAAAAUGGGGCACUGCUUAAACUAGAGUAGUCAUCCCACUAAACAUCAUCCCUGACCCAUUUGUCCAAUUAGUUGCUGACAAUAAUGACUUCAACGAGGAAACUCUAGAUGGCAAACAAACCACACAUGCCACAAUGCUAGUAGUGUAUCAGCGUCAGCCGUUUGGACCCAAACUCCCACUGAAGAUCCACACCGACCACACCCCUAGAGGAUCUUUAGAGAAACCAGUUCAGGGUCAACCCAAGCACGAGUGCAGUGUGCAUGGUAAGGGUCUUGCCUUCACCUCAUUCGUAGGAGGGGCAGAAAAGAGAACUUUGAAUUAAGAGGCAAUUCCACAACAACUCAGAAUGUGAAUGAACUGGCAUGGUUUCUGCUCCGGCUUAAUAGAAAAGUUGUAUUGAAGGCUGAUGAUACGAAUGGAGAGUAAUCAGUUUCUGGAUGGAGCACAUUCAGCGCCAAAAUGUCUUCCAUCAAGUUGUCUCGUACAAUCAUUACAGGUAAAGCCUGAUGAUUGCUGGAUUGCCAGCAGAGUUAAGUACCAUCUAUACAGUACUCAAAACAAUGCACGAAAUGUCCAAACUUCUCCAGCAGAGCACUGCAGUAAUCACAUUUGCUCUGGCAAUUUUUUCCAAGGAAGAAGAAAUCCAGAAGAGUUCCAAAACCUGGUGA